GCGUCUACAGGUGACAGUGAACAUCCAGAAGAUUCAGCGUCUUCGACUGAAGAAUUAGGUGAUGUUCGGGCAUCUAAUGUAAAUGGAUAGGUAGCAAAGUUGUGGGUCAUCCCUUUUGUAUAUCGUCGGUGAUAUUACGUGUUCCAUGUGCGCUGCCAUCGAGAGAGUUUUGUGAGACAGCGUUGAGAAGGUUCGUGUGGUUUGGUGUUGAUGGUUGCGACUCGGUGUCUGGUCUUCCUAGACAAUAUUCGUGAGGCUGCUCUCGAUUUCAAUUUAGUCGAGAACCACCACUGUCUGAGAUUCUGCAAGAAGUCGCAAUUGGAUCGCCGUAUUCUCUGAGACUUUUUUUUAGAGUGAAGUUUACUUUUUCGAGAGCGUUUGUAUUUUACGUUCGAGUUUUGCAACAAACGAACCAUUAGCUGGAAACACCUUACAGUAUUCAAGACAGUGAUUCAUCUUUAUGAAUUUAAUAUCUGUUAUUUAUUUAUUAACACAUUUUUCUGAAAAAUCUGUAUCAAUGCAACUAUAGAGAAGAGGCAGGCACUCAUCUCAGGACUGUGUUAAAUGUAGCUGGUUCUACAUUUACCAAGUAAUAAUUAAUAUAUAAGAAAAAAUGUCAAAGGAAUGUAAACAUUUUCUCUUGGCAUUUAAAAUUUCCGUUUAAUAACGCAUGAUUUGAGGGUGGAAACCUUACGAAUUGUCAUCAAAAGUGUAGUAGUCGAUUGUAUAACACGACAUCACAGUAUACCACCUGCCAAAGAACUGCAAUCGCACGUCCAGAAGCAAGUGUGCAUCUGCUUCCAGAAGCAGGUGAUCGAAGACGUGAGUGUUAUCGAGAACAAAAGCGCGUCGUAGCGCGCCCAGCGGGCGAUUCGCCGCAUUGCGACGCGUCAUCCACAGUGGAGCGUGACAGCCCAGCCUGCGCCGCCCACCAUCCACCCAGCCAUCCACUCGCGAAUCCUCCCUCCACACGCAAUCCGCACGGCGCCCACCUCCAUUGGGCGGCUCUCGAAAGAGGUCAACAUCUCCAUCCUGAGGACUCUGCCUCGUUUGAGCGACGAGAUCCAGUGAAGUAAACAUCAAAUGUUAACGCAGUAUCUAGACUCGUGUUACGUAACUGGGCGUAACUAGACGAGACUGCGAUAACACCAACUGCGCAUUUUUCAACGGAACUUGGAGGCUGUGUUCUUACGAGAGAACCACAUUUUUUUGCAGACAACGGAAGUAUCUUUCCUGUGUGGUGAGGAAACGAGCAAUUACCGCAGUACAAGCGACAGAGCCCGUGGGAGUGCGGCCGACACAGGUGUAAACGGGAUAAACCAAAUCCGUUCGUUUGAAGCGUGCUUCUGAACGGGGGAAGAACGCUUGGCCAGCGACCCUUCCCGGGCAUUAGCAGUCAUCGCGAGGCAGUCCAUCCCUUGGGUCGUCGUCACUUGGUCGGAGGACGUCGCGGAGGCCGGCCAGGCGGACGCUGGACCGACGCCAACACCCACGCGCGGCCGUCGAUAGGGAAGUGCGACAGCGCUGAGCGCGGGCGGCCGGCCGGGCAACAGCGGACAAGCGCGGCAAUCGAGACCUGCCCCCCCGAGGGCCUUCGCGUCCACCCGGCCCCAAGACGCGCCCGCUCAUAGGGCGGAUUGGCGAACAAUACACCCGCGACGACGACAGCCGCCGUCGGCCAGAACCCGCUGACGCCACGUUGUGUUUGUGUUACGUAAGUGGUCAACCGUCUGCGGACGUAAACAAUAUACGGGAACUGACGACGUUAAAGAGGUGUUCCGCAGGGUCUAUUUCCGUGGCGGGCGCUGUUGUUGAGUGAUAGUGGGUUUGUUCUCGCAACUGUUCUAGUGGUUAGUAGUGACAACAGAACUAAGCCAGUAAAAAACAUAAUUCUUUACUGGAAUUAACAAACAUUGCCGCUAACUUCUUGUGUCAAUAGCUUAUAGUGAAUGAGAUUCUAAAGUCUCCCUAUAUUAUUGGUGUGUGAUAAGUGACGAAGAAACCAAACAUUUUAGAAAACUAACUCGUUUAUUGGAUACAAUUGUUCAGCGAGUUCAACUGCAGCCACAUUUCUCCAGUGGAUCUAGCUGCAGCAAGAGAACAAACACUUACAGAAUUUUCCGAGUUUCGUGUUCGUAAUCGGUAUACAUCGUUCGUGACGUUUAACCUAAUCGGUUUCGCUUCGCAAAGAGAGCACCACGGUUCGCGAUGAGGUGCUGUCGCCCGUGAGCGCUGGCCGCCGCCAUGGCACGAACCACGCCCACCGCAUCACCGCCGUCGCCGCCGCCGCCGUCGCUGGCGUCGCGGUGCCUGGCGCUGCUGGUGCUGGCGCUUCCGCUGGUGCUGGCCGCCGCCACUUCCGCCGGAGGAGCACUGGAGACGCUGGACUUCCAGGAGCAGUGCGCCCAGCGCUGCCCGUUCCAGGUUAGUUUGUCAACAUCUUACGUGUUCAAGAAAGCAAUUCGCAAUAAAACGGAAGAAGGCGACUUCGACAUUGGUUGUGGAAAUGAGUGCAAGAUAGAACAAAAUGGUACUCAAGAUCCAUUACCUCCCAAAGAAUUUUAUUGUAUAAUGGGAUGCAAUGAUGCAUUAAAUAGGUAUUUCCAGAAAUUGAAAGAAGAGAAGUAGUAGACCUGAGAGCCAAUACACAACAGCCAAUGUUUCAACAUGUAGUAUCUUUGGCAGCUGCAAAUGGUCUUUUCUUCUGGACCAAUGGAGUAGAAGUUUACACUGAAGAAUAUCAUGCUGGUCGAGACAGUUAUUAUCACAAUGCUUACCCAGACUUGUCAGACAGAGGGUUUGUAAGUGUUUGUGUGAACUUAUCAACUUCACAGCCUGUGCCACUUCCAGUGAAUCCACCUGUGGGAGUGCAAGCUAUUCUCGGCACUGAAGUCGCUAAGAUCUCAUGGCAAGUCCCACAUCUUGUAGGCGGCCAAGGAAAAGGAGCUUGGCAAAACUGGUCAUAUACUCUUCUUCUGAAAGAUGAAAAAAGAAAACUGACAGUAUCAGCUAAUAAAAUUAAUGGUACAACUUAUACAGCUCGUAAUAUUCUUCCUGAUACAACAUAUAUAAUUAAAGUAGCAGCUUACACUACAUCAGGUCAAGGUCCUUGGUCAUCAGAAUUCAGAGGGAAAACACUGCGUAAAAGUCCUCGUGGACAACAAUCAACUGUGCUCUGGUCAGCAGCUGAAGGCCUUCUUAAAAGUGAUAUUACAGGAGAAAAUGUUGAGAUACUUAUGCACACACCAAAUCUUAAGGAUGCAACUGGAGAUCAUCACAUCACUGAUAUGGCAUGGUAUAAAGAUCUACUGUAUUUAGUAACAAAUACCACUCGAGUUUACUGGUACAAUUUGACAAGUCAUGAGCGAGGUAUCCUUCAUGAUUUAGACUCAGUAGGCAGUAUAGCAGUAGAUUGGAUAGGACGAAAGCUUUAUUGGUCAAAUCCCAAGCAGCAACUUAUUUCUCGAGGAAAUCUCAAUGGCAGUCAGCAAGAACCACUCAUACUUACAGUUGCAAAGGAGUUGCAUGUAGAUGCAGUUCAUUCGCAUAUAUAUUGGUCUACAGGCCAUGCAGUAGAAUGUGCUAAAUUAAACGGCCAAGAUAAACAAGUCUAUUACCCAGAGGAAAUAUUUUCAGGAAAACAAGUGAUGGGUCUCACUUUAGACCCUGAUCGAAGACUCGUUUACUGGAUUGUUCGAAGCUAUGAAGGUUCAUUGCUAUUUCAAGCUCCUACUGCAGAGCAAUUUUUUCCUCGACAUCAAGACACUUCACUGAAAGCACUGCCGUUACAACAGCAUAAUAUACAAGGUCCACUGUGCUAUUUCAGUGAUCAUUUACUGUGGCUUCAAGAUGAUCGCAAUGCUGUUGUAGGAGAUUUAAAUGGUCAAAAUACAGCCUUAAUUAAUAAACUUAGUCUUUCAGGUCUGCAUAUGGCAACUGUAGUGGACACUGCACUACAAUAUUUUCCUGAUCAUAUAGGUGAAUCUGAAGUGAAUGUUAUUCCUGAAGCUGUAGAUGUAAAUUCAAUCCGAAUAGAGGGUACUUGGCAAGCAUUCUUUAUUAAAUGGAAUCCGAUAACAAAUGUGAACUAUGGACAAGUCUUCUAUGAACUCUCAAUAAAUGAUCCAAACAUGAGGGAGAUAAAACCAACAACAACAAAUGAUACUUUUGUAAGUUAUGGAGAUGCAGACAAACUGGAACCACAUUCUCCACUUCAUGUUACAAUAAAUGCUUUCACAUAUUGGGGAGCAUCUCCACAAACUCGAGUGAUGCUACAUUCUCCUCCUUCUGUACCGUCAGCACCAACCAAUCCAAGGGUAUUCAUUCAGUACACUCGAGACCCAGUGGACGAAUACCAAAAUAUUACAGCUGUAUUUAGAUGGAAUCCUCCCACACAUCCUAAUGGAAUAAUUGAAGGUUACAAAGUGGAAUGUUGGUUCAUUUCAUUAGAAAACAACAACCAGUCUUGUGCAAAUUCUCCAGCUGACACAGAUAAACAUGAAUAUAUUGCUAAUAAUUUACUGCAUCGUUCCACAUAUUUUUUUCAGGUGCAAGCUCGGACAGCAGUAGGGUCAGGAGCCCUUUCCUUCCAAGUCCGAGCCAACACUGCAGUGGAAAUGCCAGUACCAAAGUUGCUGUUAUCAACACCUGACACAGUACGCAUUGCUGAUUGUGAUAAACAGCAAAAUCAAAUGUUAUCUAGAAGUACAGGACCAAUUGACCUGGCUUCACUGAGUCAUGAGAAACGCAUAUUCUGGUUAUCAGAACUUAAAGAGCUUCUUUCUGCAAAUAUAGAUGGACUUCAACGUAAGAAGCUUGUAUCAUUGAAUGGCACAGGACUAAGCAUAGCAGCUGAUUGGAUAGGUCGCCAUUUGUACUGGGCAGAGAGUGAUGAAAAGCAUUCUGGGUCUAAUGUUUUUCGUUUAGAUUUGAGUCAACCUCUCCAUGAUCGCACUCACAUUCAAAAGAUCUUUCACAGACCAGGAUUCGUUCAAAAAUUGGAUGUGGCACCUUUCAUAAGUACCCUGUAUUGGAUAGAAGUAAAUUCUAAAGGCAAUGGUUAUCUAAUGUCAAGCAACUUGGAAGGUCAUGGAAUACAAUCUUUCUUUUCAGUUGGACUCCUAAGAAAGAAAAGAGAUGCCAUGUUUUCAAGUGAAGAUACUUGUUCUUGUCCUGAGAGUCCAGUUGUGGGUCAUGCUAUGGCUGUGGACCAAACAAAUCCAGAAGCUCCAAAAAUAUUGUGGGUCCAUGGCCAACAUCAGCAUAUUUCAGUUGCAGAUGCCCAUGGUUGCCACUGCAAUAUUCUGGUUCAUGCCAACAAUGCAGGAUUACCUCCAACAUCUCUUACUGCAGAUCAUCGUUUGGUUUAUUGGUCAAAUGCUUCCGAGGGAAGAAUUUAUUCAGUAACUAAAGAUUUCCAUGGUGAAGAUGUAGCAAGUUUAGUAAAUUCAGUCACAAAAGUUGACGUUUUAGGGGUGCAGAGAAUCACAGCUUUAGGAUCUCAUUUGCAGCCCUAUCCAGUUCCACACUGUCUUCUUCCUCAUCAGUCACCAGAAAAUUUAAGUCUUCUACAUCACUCUGCACACAGUGUCACUUUGCAAUUACCUGCACCACAGAGACCAGAAGAAUGUGUGAAUAUGUCAUUAGCUUCAGCACAAUAUAUUAUUUAUCACUCCCCUCAAGAUGAACAAAUUGACUGUUCUUCAGACCCUCAUUUAUGCACAAAGACUAUCACCUUCAGUAAAAUAAUGGAAAUAAAAAAUCUGAGACCUUUCACCAACUAUAAGUUUUACAUAGCUGUAAAGAAUUACUAUAGUGAUCUCCAGGGUGAUAUACCACAAAUUGGGUCACCAGUCGUGUUCCGCACUGGUGCAGGGGCUCCUUCUCCACCUCGAGAUGUGCAAGUAUUAGUGCUGACACCAACAACAGUGAAAGUUCAGUGGCAACCUCCAGAACAAUUUAAUGACCAUGCUGUGUCCUAUGAAUUACACUGGAGUACAGAAGGCACAGUAGCAGGCAUUCGGCAGAAAGGAGAACAAAUUGUUGGCAGACACGAAUUAUAUUCUAUUAGCAGUGACAAUGAAGAUGAUGCAUGCAGUGCAACACUCAACAAAUUAUUGCCAGGACAAAAUUAUUCCAUCUCGGUACGGGCAUAUUCUCAAAGCAGUGGUAAAUUUUCUGAAAGUGAACCUCAAGGAGUAAGAACAUUUCCAGAGCCAGAUGACAUUAUAUUGAUCAAUAAAACGGCUUACAUGAUCAGUGUAUCAUGGACUCCUUUACCGGAUAUUGCUCUCAAUGGGUUUGAAGUACAAUGUGUGGAGUUAUCUUCACGAAAGACAUUUGGAGUUACCAAUAACACACAAAUGAGUUACAGUUUCUUUAAUUUACAGCCAAAGCAUCAAUAUAGUUUUCAUCUUUUGCUAUUUUAUCCUCUAGCUUCUGAGCCUUAUCUGUGGCCUUCGGAUGAAAGAUUCAUUUUUGAAACUCAUGGAGACAAGCCAAGCCCUCCAGGAGUGCCAGUUGUCCAACAUUUGCGACGAGAUGUUUAUCAAGUAACAUGGGAACCCUCAAAUGACAAUGGUGCCCAUCUAGAAUUGUAUAGCUUGGAAGGUCGCAUUCAAGGAGAAGGUAGACAUCGAAGAGAAACUGGCACAAUUACAGCAAGUGCUGAAAAUCAUACAAUGGAAUUAGAGCCAGACCCAUCAUAUGAAUGGAUAUCUUACUACAAUGGCACAGACAACUACUGGAUCAUUGCUGAUCUCAGUUCCAGUAGCAAAUACAUAUUUCGAGUGAGAUCUCGCAAUAUAUAUGGAUGGAGUGAAUUCAGUGUUCCAAGUGCAUCCUUUGACUUCACAGAAGCAGCAAUGCUUGCAAAGGAACAGGAGCUCACAGUGGUGUUAGGAAUUUCCAUUCCUGUGGGAAUUCUUGUUCUUUGUGUUAUGGGGAUGCUUACUUUCAUUUAUGCUCUCCGACGAAGAGAAAAAGAAAAGAAAAUUCUUACUAGUGUUGUAACAGGAGGAACAACAAGAGGACCUGAUGUAGAACUAGCAACUUUACGAGAAUUGCCUAGAAGAGGAAAUUUUGUGUCGCAAAGCAAUGCAUUAUACACAAUGACACCAGAUGUACCAGGAGAUGCAGAAUUAGCCUUGCUCCCUCACAUCCGUAGAGAUCAGAUCACAUUAACAAAAUUUUUAGGCAGUGGUGCUUUCGGAGAAGUAUUUGAGGGCAUAGCUCGAAAUCUAGCAGGAAUGGGAGAUACAGAAACUCGAGUAGCAAUUAAGACACUCCGUAAGGGAGCCACAGAGCAAGAGAAAGCAGAAUUUUUAAAAGAAGCCCAGCUAAUGAGCAACUUUAAACAUGAACACAUUCUACAACUUUUAGGAGUUUGUCUUGAUAAUGAUCCAAAUUUCAUUAUUAUGGAACUUAUGGAAAGUGGUGAUUUGCUCAGCUACUUGCGAUCAAGCCGCCCACAAAUAUACAUGUCAUCAGGACUGACUCUUUUAGACUUGGUCACUAUGUGUGUUGAUGUUGCCAAAGGUUGCCGCUAUCUUGAAGAAAUGCACUUUGUACAUCGUGAUUUAGCUUGCCGCAACUGUUUAGUUUCAUCUGGAGAUCCACGAACCCGAGUAGUGAAAAUUGGAGAUUUUGGUCUCGCUCGAGAUAUUUAUAAAAAUGAUUACUACAGAAAAGAAGGGGAAGGAUUACUACCUGUAAGGUGGAUGGCUCCUGAGAGUCUGGUUGAUGGUGUUUUCACCUGCCAAUCUGAUGUUUGGGCAUUUGGGGUAUUGAUUUGGGAGAUAUUAACACUGGGCCAACAACCAUAUCCUGCACGCACAAAUCUUGAAGUUCUGCAUUACGUGCGUAAUGGAGGCCGUUUGUCGCGUCCGAACAACUGUCCUGACCAACUUCACCACUUAAUGUUAAAAACAUGGAGUUAUAAUCCAGAAAAUCGACCAACAUUUAAAUACUGCCUUGAAACACUAGAAGACUUGAAAAGUAAAACUGCGCCCAUACCUUUGGCUGCUAUACAGUGUGGCCAUUAUGUGAGCAGGACACCUAAUGGAAGUUCCUGGAAGACUGGUAGUGAUAUAGAAAGCAGAGAUCAAGUUCCUUUCCUUCAAAAUGCACCUGAAAUGCAUAAUGCAGGUCAAGCCUCGACUGAGCUUCGUAAUACCACAGACCCUCCAUACUACUUGGAAUUGCUUUAUGACAGUGACACUGCCACCACUGCCAGUGAUGGUUACGAGAUUCCAAAACCUCUGCCCACCCUUCCUCCGAUGCCACCAGCAUUGGCAGAUCGCCUUCGAACAUUUUCAACCUCUUCAACAGUAAGCAAUGCCAGUGGAUCCACCUCAUUAUCUUACCAACAAGUGCCAUUAGUGUGUAAUCGAAUAGAUGAAAAUGAAACUGCUGAAUUGCCUACAAAAAUUAAUAAAGAACUGAAAGGAAAUGGAAUAAUUGGUGGCACAUGUAAGACAUCAGAUUUCAGACACAACGGAGAAAAAGAUUUGUCAAUGAUUGAACAGUUAUUAAUAAACAGAAGAAAGUGUGGCAGUUCCGUGGGAGAAAAUUUACAUUCUCAUAAAAUUAAUUCUACAGACAUUUCCGAUUCUCCGACAACGUAUAGCAACGUUUCAAAGCAUUCUGGAAGUGAAAGUCAGGUGCAAGCAUCGGUGAGUGAUGACAGUGCUAGUAACUGUGAAACAGUGGAAAACACAAAUGGUGUAAUCAAUCCGAUAUCGUGAACUACAGUUAGACAUCCAUACCUACAUAGUUCAAACAUCAAAGUAUUUUUAAUUUUAAGCCUCCAAGUAUUUGCCUAGUCAUAUUUCACAAGCGAUUGUAAAUAAUUUAUUAGAAUAUAUUUUACUUCGUUGUAUAGAAAAUAAUGAAAAAGAACAUUAUUGAAAAAUUAUGUAAAUAUCAAAACUGCUUUGGAAAGAAUUACUUCUUAACAAUAUUAUCAAAGCAAAGUGUUUUGAGCAGUGUAUUGCAAACAAGUCUGCAACAGCUUCCUAUUAUGCCGAGAAUUCACUUGUAUUAUAAACUAGAAUGGAUACAGAAAACAUUCUUGUUUUCUUUCUAAUUUUAUUCAUUUCAUUCUCUAUAAAUGUAAUUGCUUAUUUUGCAUUAAGGAAGUAUGAAACUAUUCUCUUUCAUUCUAUGAGAGCUAUAAAUAGUUUUUUUGUUUAGGAACAGAUCUUUGGUUGAAGACACAGAAAGUGUCCUUUCUAAUGUGUACCAAUUUCAAUUCCAAAGGAAGAUUAUUAAACUGAAAAGAACAUUAAAAUGCAUAAGGAAGCUUCAAACUUUACAUAAAAAUACUUGUAAAUAAUUACCAUGUACAGUACAUAAACAUUUUUACUCAAAGAUAAAAUAUUUUGGUUUUUCUUUUAGAUGUAUGUCUUUGUGA